CUUAAAGAAAUGGCAGUAAAAUCUCCCACCAGUACUUCUACCGAUAAUAACGUCGAAGUUAAAGAAGAGUUGUCUCAUAUAGUGUAUCUCUUGAAGGUUAUUCAGGAACGCAUUGAAAAAAUUGAAGUUGAUAUUAAAGGGAACUCCGCUAGACCAAAAGAACGGAAAUCUGGGUUGAGGAUGGAAAGGGAACUCAAUCACAAAAAAUCAAAGACAAAUAUUGCGUUUGCCAUUUGGCUACUGGAGAUAUGUUACGUUCCCAGGUCGCUUCGAAGACUAAACUCGGUUUGGAAGCCAAAAAAGUCAUGGAUUCCGGAGGUACCUCAGGCGCAAAAGCUUGAUGCCAUGUUGAAGGAAGAUGGUAAAAAACUUGAUCAUGCUGUUGAAAUGCCAGUGGUAGAACAUAUCACAGAAUUUUCAGGUAAUGGAUUGUCGCUAAUGAAAUUAAAAGAGAAACUUAAACUAAGGGAAGUUUUAUUAUUUAGUCCGCCAAAAAUUCCGGGAAAAGACGAUGUCACUGGUGAACCGUUGAUUCAGCGUUCGGAUGAUAAUGAAGAAACUUUAAAAAAACGGUUGGCCACUUAUCACAAGCAAACCACUCCUGUGGUAGAAUAUUAUAAACAAAAGGGCAUCUGGGCUCCCGUUGACGCUUCUCAAAAUACCAACGUAGUUUGGGCAAGUUUGUUGGCUAUUUUUAACAAGGGAAAGUAA